AUGGUUAUCUGGUCUCAGAGGACGGACACACUGACUGCGGUGGACACCGGGAAGAGUCCGAAGACGGAGCAAAACUACAGCGACAUGAAUGUGAUCGAUGGCCUCAAACUGUUGUACAGAUCGCGAGUACUUCCACUGGAAAAGCAUUAUCUCUUCGAUGAGUUUCAUUCGCCGCCAUUAGAGGACUCGUACUUCGAGGCCAAGCCAUCCAUUCUGAUGGUCGGCCAGUAUUCCACCGGAAAGACUACUUUCAUCAAGUAUUUGCUGGAGAAGGAGUACCCGGGUAUGCGUAUAGGACCCGAGCCCACGACCGACCGCUUCAUCGCCGUUAUGCACAACACCACCGAAGGACUCAUUCCGGGCAACGCUCUGGUCAUUGACGCCGAUCGACAGUUCCGACAGUUGGCAAAGUUUGGCAAUCCUUUUCUCAAUCGGUUGCAGAUCUCGGAGACCAACAGCGAAGUGCUGGAGAGCCUGUCAUUCAUCGACACUCCGGGCAUAUUGUCGGGUGAGAAACAGCGGACAGAUCGCGGCUAUGACUUCACGGGUGUUCUCCAGUGGUUCGCCGAACGCGUGGAUCGCAUUGUACUCAUGUUUGACGCCAACAAACUGGACAUUUCUGAUGAGAUGAAGAGCGCCAUCGAAGCCCUCAGAGGACACGACGACAAAAUGCGGAUCAUAUUGAAUAAGGCGGACACCGUUCCGCCCAAUCAACUGAUGCGAGUCUACGGCGCUCUCAUGUGGUCGUUGGCCAAAGUGUUGCGGACACCCGAAGCCGUGAGGGUCUAUAUCGGCUCCUUCUGGGACCGACCCCUUGAAUACGAUCUCAAUCGACAACUCUUUGAAACCGAAGAACAGGAUCUGUUGAAUGAUUUGACGACACUUCCCAGGGAUGGACGGCUGCGGCUG